AUGAAGAAGAUGGUAUCCGACGGCUAUCCAUUGUGCGAUAUCGACAAUAGUGCAACCCCACGGCUUCCCUUCGUGUACAACCUUACCAUCUUCUACUCGGAGGCCGAUCUGCGAGGAGAUGAGGCCCUCAUGGUGGCCACAUCCAUCCUCAUGUUCGCCCUCGCCGUGCUCUUCUUCAUCCUCAACCUCUUCAGCCGUUUCUCCGAUGGUAGCGCCAACCUCAACCCAAGCAUCCGCAUAUUCCUCUCCUCCAUGCUCUCGCUCUUCCUCCCCGCCACGUCGUACCUCUUCUCGGAGGCCAAGAACCAGAGCAAGGCUGGACAUCUGGAAGACCUGUCGAUCCGCGCCCGGACCAUCCUCAUGUGGAUGCUCCUGGUGGAGCUGCUCCGCAAGAAGGUGGAGUCCAUCCUGCUCACCGCAGGCAUACAGGUGUAUUCGCACACCGUCGAGCGCGGUGCCCGGGUUGUCUGGCUGGGCAGCCUCAUCUUCUUCAACUUGAAGAGCACUGGCAAGAAGGCCCUGUAUGGCAUCCUGUGGGUGCUUGCGGCUGCCAAGCUGGUCCAGAGGUUCGCGAUCAUAGAGCUGGCAAAGCGCUCCUUCGCCUACCGCAAGAACCCCAGGCUGCUCAGCGCAUACAUGGCCGAGAUGCUAAAGCUUCCUGCAGAUCAUCAUCGUCAUCUCCACCAGAAAGCAGCAGAUGAGCAGUGCUCGCCGAGAAGCGAUGAUGGCGGAGGACAGCCUCGGUGGUCCGACGCUCUGAGGUCCUGCAACUAUGCCGUGAUGGGCGAAGAAGACCUCAAGAGGGAGCCUGGGCCCCAUGGCUACAAGCUCGUGCUAGUGAAGCCGACACCGACAGAAGGGGUAGCAGCCGCCGACAGCGACGACGACUCGACGUCAUACUCAUACAUUGAGGAUGUGGUCACUGUCGGCAGAAUCUGGAGGCUUGCCGACACUAACCUGUUGCUCCGCAGGGACCCAAGGUUGAAGAGACUCUGCCUCUCCUUUGCGCUCUACAAGUUGCUACGCCGGAGAUUGGAGGAUCUCCCCAUCACCCACCUGGAGGCCUCCAACUGCCACGACCUCAUCUUCAACGGCCUUCUGGUAGAAAAAGGAGGACGGCGAGGAGAACGCGAUGCGGCUGUCGCCGUGAUCCAAGUGUUCAGUGACGAAAUCCAGUUCCUCUGCGAGUACUACCACUCCAUCCAUCCCGUGGUGGUGGCCAGCCCCUUCUUCUUCGUGCACAACUACAUCCUGUUCCCCAUCAUUGUCCUGGCGCUGUGCCUACUCAUGCUAACUCUGUGCAGCAACGGGGACGUGCACUACGCCUUCCACAGCUUCACCAACGACAACUACGUCAUGUCGACUGGCAUACUGAAGAUGGCCGGGUGCAUCCUCCGCCGUGCUUCGCGGUCCGCCCCGUAUCUCUUCUGCAGCAUCGACAUAUCCAUCACCUUCCUGCUACUCCUCACCUUAGCCUACGAGGAGGUCUGGGAGGUCAUCGUCUUCCUGCUCUCCAACUGGUUCAUGGUGUCGCUGCUCUGCAGCCACACCUCCUCGGCCACGUGGCGCACGCACCGGGUGCUGAGAAGGGUCAUCCCCGCCAUCGUCGCCGCGAGGAACACGAUGAUGAACCAACACAAUGUCCGCAUCAAGCAGCUGUCUGUGCUGUGGUUCAGCCGGCCGCCGCUGCCAUGGUUGCCGCUGCCGCUGUCUACCACUGGCAUGGCAGUUGUUCCCAUGGAAGCAAAGAAGUUGAUCGUGGAACGCCUAGCCAGAGCCAGCUACCAUGCCCACCCUCUCAGCAACGGCAUGCCUGUUGUACUGUCGGGCGAGCACCGCGAGCUCUCGUGGGCGUGUGACAGCUCCGGUGGCGUUGCCGAGGUCAUUCUCGUCUGGCACAUCGCCACUUCGCUGCUGGAGGCGAGGUGCCCGGGGCAGAAGGGCACACAGCCGGAACCCGGGCGCGCCGCGGCCACGGCGCUGUCCCGGUACUGCGCCUACCUGGUGGCCUUCCAUCCGAAGCUCCUCCCGGACGACAAGGACGGCACGAAGUUCCUGUACGCCGGCGUGAAGAGGGAUCUGAGGAAGCUGAUGGGGUGGUGCGCUUACUACUGCUCCAGGGAGGUGGACGUGUCCAACAAGCUGUUGGACAUUGCCGUGCAGCAGCAGCCACAGCAGGGGACGAGCAAGGUGAUAUGCAAGGGAGCCAGGCUGGGGAAGGCUCUGAUCGACAAGUACAAAGACGGCGCGCGCGAGAGCGUGUGGAAGCUGCUGGGAGACCUCUGGACGGAGGUGGCGACCUACGCGGCGCCGGCGAGCGGCGAGAUGCACGUCAAGGCACAUAAGGAGGCGCUGGUGGGGGGCGGCGAGUUCAUCACCGUGCUCUGGGCAAUAGCCACCCACACCGGCAUAACCCGGCAGGAAGAUUCGGUGGAGCCGCCGCCUCCAUCCGCUUCCGUUUCCUGUCGUGUUUAA